CCAUACUAAUAUGGCUGAAGGGAGGAGGAACUUUGGAGCAGAAAACACAGCUUGCGCCUGCUUGCUCUGAUGCUGCUGCUCUCAGCUCAAUCCCGAGUGUAGAGCAGCUAGACAGGUCAGGUGAAGAUAUGGCAUUCAAGGAAGGUGCAGGGACGUCAGAUCCUGCAAUGGCGGGAUGCAGGAGACCUUUGGCUCUCACCCUUACCCUGCUGCUCCUGUGCGUGAUGAGAUCAUCAAAUGGAUCGGUGUUGGCUCCAGUCAACAAUCAGAUACAUCUUGACCGUGCGACUCUUGAGGAGAUCCAACGUGUAAAGGAGGAGGUCGGGAUUGAGUUGCUGCGCAGGGUGGUUGUGGAUCACAGUAGCAUAUCCUUGGGCCUUCGCACGGAGAUCGGCAAUGCUUCCCUGUUGCUGAGAAAAUCUGUCAGAAUCGUCCAGGACGAUGAGAACUCGUCGCGGCCUUUGAGUUUGGAUGAGGAUGCACCCAUGCUACGUGCCAACCCGUCACAUGCCUCCUUAGUGGAAGUCGAGAUGGCAAAGCAGAACGAGACAUUUUUGUCUCGAGGAAUCCGAUUCUAUCAUCCUGGGGG